CCUUACGACCCAUAUCUCCCCCGAGACGGCUCAAACAACGCUGGACCUAGUAAGGGCAAUGCCAAAACAGCGGCCAUUCAAGCGCAGAUUGAUGACACUGUGGGAAUUAUGAGGGAGAACAUUACGAAGGUGGCGGAACGAGGAGAACGGUUAGAUUCAUUACAGGACAAAACAGAUAACCUUGCUGUGUCCGCACAAGGUUUCCGCCGUGGAGCCAACCGGGUUCGCAAGAACAUGUGGUGGAAAGAUAUGAAGAUGCGCAUCAUCAUAGGUGUAGCAAUUGCCGUCAUCAUCGUGAUCAUCGUCGUGUCGAUCGUCAAGGCGACACACAAAUAA